CCAAACAAACACUGUCAAAAGCAGCCCUUUUUUCAUGUCAUUCUUUUUUGUGUAAACAAAGUGAGAUCAUGAAUUAGCUUCUGCUCCAGGCUCCUCCUCCCUAUAUAAACCACCACUUUUCUCACACAAACAGUUCAUCCAUAAUCUUUGACGCUUCCAUACAAAUGGCUAAACGCUUCAAGCUCCGUAUCUCCCGAGUCAUCCCCUCCUUCCAAUCCUGCCGUUCCAAAGACCCCGCCAAUCUCCCAGCUGAUCCCGUCCGUCCCUUCUUUCGACCUUCUCCGGUCAAUGCUAAACUUGUUAACCUACGUUUCCCAGCCACUGCCCCAGUACUCCAACCCUCCAAAACGCAUCAUUCUUUCCUUAAGCGCCACGUGUCGUCCGCUUUCAUAUCUGUCGGCUGUGGUUUCAGAUCUAGACCCACUCUUUCUGAUGAUGACCGCACCGAUUCGCCAGAGUUCCAGUGGGAAAAAGAAGAGAAGUGGCACGUGGUCGCCAAGGUCUACGACGAGAGCCCUCGCCGUAAAAUCUACAACUCCUCGGUCUCCGGAGAUUCCGACGAGGACGUUUUGUCUGUCGCUCGGACACCGGCACGGGCACCACCAGCUCCUCCCACGGCGGAAAAGAAGAAACGACGGGUCAAAAAGAAGAAAACGGCGCAGAAAUUCCGCGUCAGCACAUCUUCAGCUGAUAGUGGACUGUUCAGCAGUGAAGGUCGUGAAGAGAGGGACGACGAGGAGACCGAGACCUUAGUUUCUUCUUCCAGAAGCUUCUCUACCGAUUCCUCGUCCGAGUUCAGCCCCCACUUGGAAACCAUACGCGAGAUUCCACUAAGCUCCACGAGGCGAAAGAAAAAGCCGAAGAGAAACGUGAAGAAGGUGAAACGGUGCGUUUCGAAGGAUGGAAAGGCAAGGAAGGUGAUCCCGUCGUCUAUGGAGAGCGAGUCUCCGGCAAGGCUGUCGAUGUUCCAGAGGCUUAUACCGUGCACGGUGGACGGGAAGGUGAGAGAGAGCUUUGCGGUGGUGAAGAAGUCGGAAGAUCCAUACGAGGACUUCAAGAGGUCAAUGAUGGAGAUGAUCUUGGAGAAGCAGAUGUUUGAUGAUAAGGAUUUGGAGCAGCUCUUGCACUGCUUUUUGUCUCUGAACGCUAGGGAACAUCAUGGAGUUAUCGUCCAAGCUUUCUCGGAGAUUUGGGAGGCUUUGUUUUGUAGAAGAUCAACUAGUCGACGUGUUUCUAGGGCUCUUUGAAUAA